GAACAAAGCUAACACUUCCGGUUUGUGUGAUGCGGAACAAGCGGCCCUACGGAGGGAACAAAGGACGACUGACUGACUUGACCAACAUGUAAAUUGCCUGCUCUACUUAGUCUCGUCUGCAGCCACGAUGUCAAAACGACCAUCCUACGCCCCUCCCCCCCCCCCUGCCCCGACAACACAAUUGCCUUCCACCCCAGGGUUUGUGGGCUACAACCCUUACAGCCAUCUGGCCUACAACAACCUCCGGCUGGGAGGGAGCUCCGGAGGCUCCAGCAGGACCUCCUCAGGGAUCACCGUCCCAAAGCCUCCCAAACCUCCAGACAAGCCACUGAUGCCUUACAUGCGGUACAGCCGGAAGGUAAGCAGGAAGGUAUGGGACCAAGUAAAGGCAUCCAACCCGGACCUGAAGCUGUGGGAGAUUGGAAAGAUUAUCGGAGGGAUGUGGAGAGACCUGACCGAUGAGGAGAAACAAGAUUACCUGAACGAGUACGAAGCUGAGAAGAUUGAGUAUAACGACUCUUUGAAGGCCUACCACAACUCACCAGCCUACCUGGCCUACGUCAACGCUAAGAACCGGGCCGAGGCCGCAAUGGAGGAGGAGAGCAGACAGAGGCAGAGCCGCAUGGACAAAGGAGAGCCGUACAUGAGCAUUCAGCCUGCUGAAGACCCGGAUGACUACGAUGAUGGUUUUUCAGUGAAGCACACAGCAGCCGCUCGCUUCCAGAGGAACCACCGGCUCAUCAGUGACAUCCUCAGUGAGAUCGUGGUGCCUGACGUCCGCUCGGUGGUCACCACAGCCCGCAUGCAGGUCCUCAAGAGGCAGGUCCAGUCUCUCAUGGUGCACCAGAGGAAGCUGGAGGCAGAACUUCUGCAGAUUGAGGAUCGCCACCAAGACAAGAAAAGACGCUUCCUGGAGACCACUGACUCGUUCAACACUGAGCUCAAGCGGCUUUGCAGUCAGAAGGUUGAGGUGGACAUGGAGAAGCUAGCAGCAGAGAUGGCUGCUGCUGAAGAGGCGGCCAGGCGCCGGGCAGAGGAGAGAGAGCGAGAGGCAGCAGAGCAGGCAGAGAAAGCUGCUCAACAGGCGCAGCAGCAGCAGCAACAGCAACAACAACAACAACAACAGCAGCAGCAGCAGCAGCAACAGCAACAGCAACAGGAGGCAGCUGGAAACAAAGCUGCAGAGCAGAGCAGUGCCAAUGCUAGCAGCACAGCUAACCCCAACUCAGGGACCAAAGAGGAGGACAAGCCCACACCAAUGGAGACAGAUGAGGUGGCUCCUGCAGAGCCCCCGUCAGACCCUCAGUCUACUCCAUCUGACCCCGCCCCUUCUGCCACUGAUAAAGCAAACCCUCCCCCUGAGCCACCCAGGGAGAGCAGCACUCCAGGCAGCAGUACCCCCAGUGAUGACAGCAGGAACAGCAUGCCCCCUCCUUCCUCAGACAGCAAUGCCGGAGCAGCAACAACACCUGACACCCCAGCGGCUCAGGAAGCCAACCCCGGCGUGGCUAAUCCUGAUGUGGCUGCAGCACCUCCGCCUCCCCCUCCCUCAGAAGAACCAGCCCCUCCACCACCACCGCCACCACUACUACCCCCCAGUCAGAGCAGCCAACAGUAUGAUGCAUAGUAGUCGCUUUGUUAGAUACA